CCUAACAAUGUCAUUCAAAAGAAGAACUAUCAAGUUUAAUGAAAAAGGAGGAUUUGUGACUGCAAAUAUUGUUGGCCAGCCAUUUGGAGAACUUGAACCAACAUUCAUCAACCAAAUUGCUCAUGAACUAGAUGAAGAAAUCAUUCUGAUUAAUCGAUAUCUAUCAGCCCGAUUACCUGUGAAAUUCAAUUGCUCUUUAACUAAACCUUUGAUUACUGAGGGAUGGGAAGAAAUGAGAAAAGUUUUUCGAAUUGAGGGAAAUCAAUUGCUUACAAUGACUUAUGCAGGGUUUAAACGUUUCAUUGUUGAUGUUCACCCAGGAGAACUCAAUCCAAACGAAUUGCCAUCAUUCCACUCUUUCAAAUUUGAAGAAAAUGAACCACUUUCUUUUAGUGUCAGACUCACAUAUUAUGAAGCAACAAAAUCUCAGUUGACUUUAAAUAAGGAAUUUGCAGAAUAUGUUCGAACAACAUGA